AUGGGCUCGUUAUCGGCACCCGUCAAACCCCCCAGCGACAUCCACCGCGCCUGGUGGAAGGAAAGCUCCGUCUACCAGAUAUGGCCUGCAUCCUUCAAGGACUCCAACGAUGAUGGCGUCGGCGAUAUCCCCGGCAUCAUCUCGAAGCUCGACUAUAUUCGUGACCUCGGCAUCGAUAUUGUCUGGCUAUGCCCGUCCUACAAGUCACCCCAGGUAGAUAUGGGGUACGACAUUGCGGACUACUACAGCAUCGCAGACGAAUAUGGUACGGUCGCAGAUGUUGAGAAGUUGAUCAAAGGCUGUCACGACAGGGGGAUGAAACUCCUGAUGGACUUGGUAGUGAACCAUACUAGUGACCAGAAUGAAUGGUUCAAGAAGUCGCGCAGCUCGAAAGAUAGCGAGUUUCGCGAUUGGUAUGUUUGGAGGCCACCCCGUUUCGACGAGAAUGGGAACCGGCAGCCCCCGAACAACUGGGUGUCUCAUUUUCAAGGGAGUGCCUGGGAGUUUGAUGAGCCAACAGGAGAAUACUAUCUACAUUUAUACGCCACCGAACAGCCUGAUUUGAACUGGGAGAACCCCGCCGUAAGAAAAGCAGUUCAUGAUAUUGUGCGCUUCUGGCUCGAUAAAGGAGCAGAUGGUUUCCGUAUGGAUGUCAUCAACUUCAUCAGCAAGGACCAGGCGUUCCCUGACGCGCCAAACCAGGAUAAAGAUGCCGUGUGGCAGUGGGGUGACAAGUACUACGCGAAUGGCCCUCGUCUUCAUGAAUAUCUGCAGGGGGUUGGAAAGAUCCUUAAGGAGUAUGACACAUUCAGUGUUGGCGAGAUGCCUUUCGUUAAGGACACCAACGAAGUGCUAAAAGCCGUGCGCUACGACCGAGAUGAAAUCAACAUGAUCUUCAACUUUGAACACGUCGAUAUUGACCAUGCUCCAUACGGCAACAAGUUCAAGCCCGGGAGCUGGAAACUUACUGAUCUUAAGGAGUUCUUUGAGCGCUGGCAGGUUUUCAUGUACAACAACGGCGGCUGGAACGCUCUGUACUGGGAAAACCACGACCAGCCUCGAUCGAUUGACCGCUAUGUCAACCCACCUCAGGCUCUCCGACAGACGGCCGGGAAGAUGUUGGCUACGGUUCUGGCUUUGCAUUCGGGCUCUCCGUUCGUCUACCAGGGCCAGGAGAUAGGAAUGGGCAAUGUCCCAGUAGAGUGGGGAAUGGAGGAGUAUAAAGAUAUCGAUUGUUUGAACCACUGGAAGGGACUCCUGGAAACCAAGAAAUUCGAUACCGAAGCACAAACGAUUGCUAGACAAGAAUACCAGAAGAAAUCUCGCGACAAUGGCCGCACACCCGUGCAGUGGUCUGCAGCCCCCAACGGCGGAUUCACUGGAGCAAAUGUGAAGCCUUGGAUGUCCGUCAACCCAGAGUAUAGCCAGGUCAACGCAGAGGAUCAAGUGAAGGACCCCGAGUCCCUGUACCACUACUGGAACUCGGUCUUGACGCUCCGAAAGAAGUACCUUGAUAUCUUCGUAUACGGAAACUAUGAACUUGUCGACCGCGAUAGCCAAGAGAUUUACGCCUACACUCGGGCAUACGACACCUCCAAGGCUUUGGUGUUGGCGAACUGGACAGACCACGAUCUGUCGUGGAAUUCUGCAGCACAAAAGAUAGAUAAGGUUAAGGAAGUAUUGCUGGAUAGUUAUGAGUCUGCGAGCGCAGCUCAGGGAAGGUUCUCCGGUGCUCAAUGGACACUCCGGCCGUACGAGGCAGUUGUGAUUCUGCUAGAAUAG